AUGCUGUUCCCUUCUUCUUCUUCUUCUUCUUCUUCUUCUUCUGCUGCUGCUGCUGCUGCUGCUGCUUCUUCUUCUUCUGCUGCUGCUGCUGCUUCUUCUUCUUCGUCUUCUUCUCUUCCUCUUCUUCUUCUUCUUCUUGACACCCUUUCCCAGUUGCUUUAUUCUGUCUGUUUCACUUUUUAUUUUUACCGUCUUUUUCUUCUUUCUGGUUCUUUAAUCUCUCUCUCUCUCUCUCUCUCUCUCUCUCUCUCUCUCUCUCUCUUUCUCUCUCUCUCUUUCUCUUUCUCUGUCUCUCUUUCUCUCUCUGUCACACCCUCUCCCUAUCACCUCCGUCCUCUUUUAUCUCUUUCUUUACUUUUUAAUAACAUUGCACCAACAUGCAGCAUUUUGAGUAAAACAGCAAUAUCUUUUUUGGAAACACAAUUUUCCUUUUACUUGAUUGUAUUUAUUUAUUUUUUAGAACAUCGUUGUUGGAGCGAUGACUUUGAAGCCAGUCCGAAGCAAUUCAAAUGUUUUGCAUGA